AUGGCGAAACAGCUAGGUAUUGAAGGUGAAAUGGAAAACUUGUCAGGAGAUGAUUAUGAAAGUGAAGGAGAAAUCAUUGAAUUAGAUCAAUCCGAUGAAGAGCUAGAAAAUGCAGCCGACGUUGAUGGCUUGAUAGGGAAAGUUCAACAAAGCGGGCCAAACGAAGGAGACGCUUCAAAGGAGGAAGAAAAUGCCCUGUAUUUACCUCACAGAUCCAGACCGUUGGGACCAGACGAAGUUUUGGAAGCAGAUCCAACUGUGUAUGAAAUGCUACACAAUGUAAAUAUGCCAUGGCCAUGUCUGACGCUUGACAUACUACCUGAUAGAUAUGGAGACGAGAGAAGAAGUUAUCCUGCAAAAAUGUAUGUAGCCACAGCUACUCAAGCAUCAAAAGCGAAGGAUAACGAAAUGAUAAUCAUGAAACUGUCGUCCCUCUCAAAAACUCAAGCCAAAUCUGAAGAUGAUGAAAAUGAUUCUGACUUGGACGAUGACGAUGAUGAACAAUACAGCUCUGUUCUUGAGAGUGAAAGUAUACCAUUGAAACAUACUACCAACAGACUUAGAGUCAGUCCGUGGGCCUCGAAGACCAACGAAUAUUUGACAGCCACCAUGUCUGAAAGCGGUGAAGUUUAUGUUUUUGAUGUUUCAUCACAAUUCAAAGCGUUUGACACUCCUGGUUAUGUCAUUCCAAAACAAAGCAAGAGGCCUGUACAUAUAGUAAAAAACCACGGUAACGUGGAAGGCUAUGGUUUGGAUUGGUCUUCAACCGAGGAAGGAUCAUUACUUUCCGGUGAUAUUACUGGUCGAGUCUAUUACACAACGAGAAAUAACAGCAAAUGGGUCACUGACCGUACACCGUACCAAGUCAAUGAUUCAUCCAUUGAGGAUAUUCAAUGGUCGAAAUCAGAGAAAACCGUCUUCGCUACUGCUGGAGUUGAUGGGUAUGUGAGAAUCUGGGACACAAGAUCAAAAAAGCACAAGCCUGCGUUGAGUGUUGUUGCUUCCAAGAGUGAUGUCAAUGUUAUUUCGUGGUGUGAUAGAAUCGAUUACCUAUUGGCGUCCGGCCAUGAUGAUGGUACCUGGGGAGUUUGGGAUCUCAGGAAUUUCCAGCCAAACACCCAACCUUCUCCUGUUGUUUCCUACGACUUCCACAAAUCUCCAAUAACGUCGAUUGCUUUCAACCCAUUGGACGAAUCCAUUAUUGCCGUCUCAUCCGAAGACAACACCGUCACGCUUUGGGAUUUGGCUGUUGAAGCAGAUGAUGAAGAGAUCGCACAACAGAGACAAGAAAUGAAGGAAUUGAGUGAUAUUCCACCACAGUUGUUGUUUGUGCAUUGGCAAAAGGACGUCAAGGAUGUUAGAUGGCAUAAGCAAAUACCAGGUACUUUGGUGAGUACUGGUACUGAUGGAUUGAAUAUCUGGAAAACCAUUUCUGUUUAG